CAUCCAUCGCCCAGCCAGUCCAGAUAGCAAUUUGUAGUCUUUUGUAUCACUCAAAGACUGUUGCGAUCAAGGCCAAGAGCUGCAAGGCACAGACUGACUGACAGGACGAACGAUAGUUUGAAGAUAUACACUCUCGUUUUUUGCUUCAAGUGACUGACUCCUCCUUUCUCCGUGCUCGUUGAUCGUCACUCUGCCCCGCCAUGGCACAUUCCACACCAGCCAAGCAAAAGGUUGUCAUUGUGGGCGCUGGCCCGGUGGGGUCCCUUGCGGCGCUCUAUGCAGCUGCCAGAGGCGAUGAAGUCGAAGUAUACGAGCUGCGCGGAGAUCUGCGCGAUCCGGCUACCAUCCCAUUAAACUUCACCAAGUCAAUCAACCUGGCGUUGUCCGAGCGAGGCAUCACCGCCAUGAAACAGUCGAACCGCGACGAGCUCACCAGCCGGAUCCUCGCAGACUCAAUCCCCAUGGAAGGACGAAUGAUCCACGGCCGGACAGACGGCAAGCUGUGGGAAGCUGCUCAAGCAUACGACGUUCACGGCCGUGCCAUCAACGCCGUCGACCGCGGCACACUCAACAACGCCUUCCUCGACGAGCUCGAGAAGAUCCCGAACGUCAAACUUUUCUUCAACCACAAGCUCGUCGGAGCAGAGUUCCGCUCCAACCGCGCCUGGUUCGAGCGCCGUGACCCGGGGAGCAGCCCUUACGACAAAGCAGCCGAGGUGGAGGUGACGUUCGACCUCCUCAUCGGCGCAGACGGCGCGCACUCGGCCUCGCGCUACCACAUGAUGAAGUACGCCCGCGUCGACUACCAACAGGAAUACAUCGACACGCUGUGGUGCGAGUUCCGCAUCCCACCGUCCCCGGCAACCAACGACUUCCUGAUCUCCCCGAACCACCUCCACAUCUGGCCCGGCAAGGAAUUCAUGUUCAUCGCGAUCCCCUCAGCGGACAAAUCGUUCACCUGCACGCUCUUCGCUCCUGCAUACCACUACGAGACGCUCUCGACGCAGCCCCGACAAGCGCUCCUCGAGUUCUUCGACACCAAUUUUCCCGGCGUGUGCCCGGACCUCAUCAGCCCGGAGGCUCUGCACGAACAAUUCACCAACAACCAGCACCUACCCCUCAUCAGCAUCAAGUGCAAGCCCCACCACUACGACGCCAGCGUUGUCAUCGUUGGCGACGCCGCCCACGCCGUGCUGCCGUUCUACGGCCAAGGUCUGAACGCAGGGCUAGAGGACAUCCGGACGUUGUUCGACAUCCUGGACCGGCACGGGGUGUACGACAACGCAGCAGGGAACCACGACGGCUCUGCUGACGUUGGCUCGCAGGAGCAGCAGCGCCGGCGCGAGGCCCGCGGGCGCGCGUUGCAGGCGUACACGGACCAGCGCGCGGCCGACACGCACGCCAUCAACGACCUGUCCAAGCAGAACUUCCUCGAGAUGCGGUGGGGCGUCAAGUCGCCGCUGUACCGGCUGCGCAAGUCGGUCGAGGAGACGCUGGUCCGCUACGUGCCGGGCCUGGGCUGGCAGACCCAGUACACCCGCGUCAGCUUCAGCAAUCAGCGGUACUCCGAGGUGGUCCAGGCCGUGCGCAGGCAGGGCCAGCUGCUGGGGCUUGGGCUCGGCGCGGCGGCGCUGGUGGUCAGCCUGGCGACGGGUCUGCUGGUCUUCAGGAGGCGGGCGACGGCGCCAGUCUGGCCGUGGACGGUGCUACGGAACGUCUGGCGCGAGGCGAGGAGGGCCUGGAGAGGGUUGCUCUGAUCGUCGGGCAGCCCGCUUCGUCAGAUUUUCCCACGCUAUCGGCGGAAUUUCGGUUGCCGUGAUUUGUAACAUCAUUUUCAUUCUCCCCCCCCCCGGCAUUAGAUGGUUAUUAUCUAGAGGUCUACCACUUAUACUUGCCAUGACGAAUCCGACGAACCCUUCUCAUCUGCAUAGAGUUAUUUUAUUGCGUACUGUUUCAAGUUCGGUGCAGGUGUCGACUCGACUUGACGCAGACGCUAGAAUACCUGGUAUCCAACAGUUAGAUGCACAAAGAAGGACCACCACCCUGUCUCUU